UUCAUCCGCACACACAUAGGGAUAGACAUCGCGCCGUUUUAUCUGCCUCACCAGCUCCGGUUUCCCCCCGCUCAGCCUUUCCCCCUCGUCAAGUGCCGCCAUGUUUUUCUGAGGCAGGAUGACAGCAGAGACGGAGCGCAGACGAAGACGGAUAUAAGAUUGAAAAACCCCUCGAAUUAACUCCUUUUUUCGAUCAGCCGACGCUCUAUUUUUUUCUAUCGCGGACUCGCUUGGAACUCAUUUCUCGACGUAUUUACGAAAACGUUCGCGUUUGACGAUACGAACCGAGCGCAGAAUUGUAUUAUUUUGUUUUCCUAUGGCGUAGGCACAUUAUUUCCCAAUAUAUAUUUUCUAUUUCAGGAUGGGAGGGGGUCCUCCUACGUAAAUGUAAAAUUCAGAAAUUAUUCCCACGUUUUUAACUUUAUAUCAUGACAAAGCGAGCAGCCAAAAGCGAUUCCUGAAGAAGAAAACCCGAUUCCUUCCUGCGCGUAACUACCUCGACCAGCAACCUACAGGAAUACCAGACCAGGUCAACUGCUUUGCCGCAAGUUAACCUGCUUUCAAAACUUAAUUAUUUACUAAAAAAAGGAAAGAAGAAGAACUUUCAGAUCUAAAGUGAAUAUCAAAACCGAGCACAUUUUAAAGAUGACGGCCAAUAUCGCAGCUGACAUGAUCAACUUGAGGCUCAUCUUAGUUAGUGGAAAAACAAAAGAGUUCCUGUUCUCUCCAAAUGACUCCGCGGCAGACAUCGCCAAGCACGUGUACGACAACUGGCCAAUGGACUGGGAAGAGGAACAGGUGAGCAGUCCAAACAUCUUACGUUUGAUCUACCAGGGCCGAUUCCUACAUGGCAAUGUGACACUAGGAGCUUUAAAACUGCCUCUCGGAAAAACCACAGUGAUGCAUUUAGUUGCCAGAGAGACGCUGCCCGAGCCAAAUUCCCAAGGUCAGAGGAACCGUGAAAAGACUGGAGAGAGCAACUGUUGUGUGAUCCUGUAAAUACGUCCCUCCAUCCCCGAAUGAGUGCGUUCUGUUAUCCUUCGCCCAUGCUGCUGAAAGCUCAUAAACACAACUACUCACACCUGACUCCCACAAGCACCUGACCAGAAAGGAAAAUCACACCUGACGGAGGACAGCACUUGAUUCUAGAGCUGCUCAUACGAAGCAGCUUCUCCAUAUUAAAGCCAAAAGAUGUCCAAAAAAUCCAUUGUUGAGAGCAGCAGAUAAUGAGAUGCACACCACCCUCACCCACACAUUCUCACCCCUUCUAACACCUUCACACGUGCACAUGAGCUCAGAUGUAAACAUAUACACACAUAGACAAAAAUGUCCUGCCCUUCUCCCAGUUUGCACAUGGAGAAGUCCCUUAUUUUCCUUUUUUAUUAUUGCCCAUAGUAAAUAUUAAUGAUGCAACGUGAAAGCCUUCGAUUCUUCACUUCCAGGCUGGGAGGGGGAAGAUGUGUGAGGAGAAGAUAAUUAAUUGACACAGGGUCUGAUGAACUUAUCGCAUUGAACGAAACACCAGACGCUCAACGGAUGUGAUCGAGAGGUGAAACGGCAUGCCGUGAUCUACGUCUGAAAUGAUAGCACAUGCUCACUGGUGGUUUAACCUCUGUAUCCAUGCAUCCCAGCUACAGUCUAGCAGACUGUCGACAUGCUAAUCACUAAUUUACAUGCGUAGUUUAUUGAUUUUAGUGCUGGAGAGUGCCUGAUAAACGUCAAUGACAAUUCGGUAGAAAUGUUUAUUAUACUUUUCCAUAUUGAACUAAAAUGCGUUUAUAAAUUGACAUGUUAUGACAGGGCGACCAUUUACUUCUGGCAGGAAAUUUGCAGCUCUCCAGGAGUUGGUAUUGGUGACCGCUUUGGGAAGUCUAAAUAAUGCACAGUAACAUUUGACUACUGCUUCUUCAAUUGACCAGCCAGUGUUGUAUCUGCCCUAUAGUUAGAUCUAAGCUGCUCUCAUUCAGCUGGGGUAAAAAUUAAACCCAAUACUUUUUUGUAAGUGUAAUGGUGUAAAUUAAUGCUUGGGUUUCGAGCCAGAAGAUAACUAUGGAUAAGUUUGGCUCGGUUUCUAUUUUCCCUCCCUUGUUAAAGAUGAAAUUUGUUUGCACAACACAGAAACAUGAAUUGUUUCGAAUAAAUCUGUAAUUUUUUUUCUCAUCCCUUUUUAAUAUUUUUCCAAAUGGGAAUUGUAUUGGAAGGUUACAUAUGUGUAGAGUAUAUUUAAUAUGAAUCUUAUAGAGAACAUAACUAUAGAUUGUUGAUAUAUAUUGGUGUCUAGUGUAUGAUAGUCUAAAACAGUUAGUUCAUUAGCAUUUGGAUCAGUAAAUUGCUGACAAUGUAUUGUACUUAACAGCAACAAACCCUCUAAUGGCUGAAGAAUUACUGUACUGUGUUUUAUUUUUUUAAUGUUCAUAAUUUGAUAUCUUUUUUCUUGCCCUAUUUCUUUUAUUUUAUUUUUUGUGGUAUUUGCUUUAUGCUUUUUAACAUCGCACUAGGUAUGAAAAAUAUUGGUCCUUAUCAGGGUUCAAAUCUGUACAGAGCUGAAGUUUUUAAAAGAUAAUUGUAAAUAAAACUAAUGCUUCUCAUUCUCUAAACUACAAAUGGAAAUACAUCUAUACACUGAAUAAAAGCAUUCAAAAUCUUGAA